GGCUCAGUCGGUUUUGGAACAACAAUGCAGGCGGACGCGUUUGUAGCUGGCUAAAACACUAAACUAACGGCCGCUAACUAAGGCUAGAACGCGUUCGUAGUGAUCGUAGUCGCUCGAAAUAACAACAACAACAAGAACAACGAAUAUCAUAACAAUAUCAGCUGAAACAACGUCCGAAAAAUCGACAGCAACAACAAAACGGAAGUGAAAAAUUCGCGUUUUUUCACACAACAUUUUUACAUUUUCCGCCCGUUAGACACAAUUGUCUAAGCCCCCACAAAAGGCCCCUAUUGUGAGGCACUUGUCCCGUUCUAUUCGAAUCCGAUCCGCUCCGCUCCGAUCCGAACCCAUUCCCGUCCCGCCGGACCGAUCCUCAGUCCGUAUUUUGUGGAUCGGUCAAACAGUCGACGGUCGACGGGCUCUCCCAUGUAUUUCGGAAAUGAAAUUAGAAAUUGAAAACAGCUCAUUGGCGAAUUGGCAUCAUCCGUGGAUAUGGCUGCAAACGGUUUUCAAAUCGAUUCCACCCAACCUGAUGGUGCGAUGGCGGAACAACACUGACGCCAUGAUCGAAGCCCAGUACCCGACCGCUGGAGAAUUCGAAUACAUGGAGUGUGGACCAUCACCGCCGGCGGAGAGUGCGCCGAGCAUGUACGACAGCUUCGAGGAGCCAACCAGCGAGCUGAGUGUCCAAAUAUGCAACGACACGCUCCGGAUCAGUCUUAUCGAUCAGAUGAAGAGUGCCGCCGGCCGUGUGCGCCUCUUCGAGGAUAUCGAGCAGGGCAACGUGGUAGCCGAGAGCAUCCGGACACACUUCGAGUCCGCCUCGAAGCUGGAGAAGAAUCUCAGCUACCUGUGGGCCGCUUACCUCAAGCGCUGGGAUCUGAUCGAAAGUCUGCUGGAGGCCGGAGCCGAGCUCCACUUUUGCGAUCAGAAUGGCAUAUCCGCCCUGCAUCUGGGCGCCUUCAGUGGCUGCCUGGCCACGCUGGGCCUCCUGGUGGCCAAGGGCCUGAAUGUCAAUUUGCAGUCCAAGUGCUACACGCCCUUGCAUUGCGCCGCCUUCGGAAAUGCGGCUGAGGCGGCCAAGUUCCUGAUCAACAAUGGAGCCGAUAUAGCCAAGGACACUAAUAAACCAAAUUGCGAGGAGAGCCUCUUGCACUGCGCGGUGAGAUCCAAUGCCCUGGAGUGUUUGCAGAUCUUCAUUGGCGAGGGCGCCGACGUGAACUCGCUCAAGCCGAAUGGCACCAAUGCCAUUCACCUGGCCGCCGAUCUGGGCAACCUCCAGUGCCUGGAAGCUCUGCUGAAUGCCCCCAAUGCGGAUGCCAAUGUGCGAAUCUGCAUUCGCGAGAAGGAGUCCACAGCCUUGCAUCUGGCAGCAGAUGAGGGCAAUGUGGAGUGCGUGGACCUGCUGCUGGCAAAGGGUGCCGAUGCCAAGCUAAAGAACCACCGAGGUUUCACGCCCCUCCACCUGGCGGCCAGAACCUCCAGCUUGGAGUGCGUCGAGUCUCUGCUGAGGAACGGCAAUGCCGAUGCCAAUGCCGAGGACUUUGAUCAUCGCACUCCCCUCCAUGCGGCAGUUGGAAAGUCGGAGAAUGCCUACGACAUUAUGGAGACCCUUAUCCAGUGGGGAGCGAAUGUCAACCACAAGGACAUCUAUGGGUUUACAGCUCUCCACUUGGCUGCAUUGGACGGUUUGGUGCAGUGCGUGGAGAUGCUGAUAUUCCACGGGGCGGAUGUAACCACCAAGAGCAAGAAGGGAACCUCUGCGCUGAACGUGAUCACUCGGAAGACGCCAGCUUCGGUGGCCAUGAUCCGGCAGAAGCUGGACGCGGCCAUCACGCUGCACCACUCGCAGGAUCCUGUGAAUCGUGAGGUGGAGCUGGAGCUAGACUUCCGUCAGCUGUUGCAGCACUGUCAUCCGCGCGAGAUCAGCUACCUGAACACCUUUGUCGACGAGGGCCAGAAGGAGAUCCUGGAGCACCCGCUCUGCUCCUCGUUCCUGUACAUCAAGUGGGGCAAGAUCCGCAAGUACUACAUCGGCAGGCUGAUCUUCUGCUUCAGCUUUGUGCUCUUCCUUACACUCUACGUGCUGACAGCUCUGGCCCACAAUUGCUACAAUGGCAGCAAGGACGACAACACGACUAUCCAGGCGCAGGAGCUGUGCCAGAAGCAGUCCAUCCUGGGAGAUAUGCUGAGGAACAAUCCAUUUGUGAUGGAGAUGCAGUGGUGGGUGCUGGUUGCCAUCACCAUAGUCGAGAUAUUUCGGAAACUUUACGGGAUAACGGGCUACUCCUCGUUUCGACACUACGUGACGCAGGUGGAGAACAUCAUGGAGUGGUUUGUGAUCACCAGCGUCUUUGUUAUAUCCUAUAUCUACACCAAGCAGACGUACACGUUCCAAAAUCACAUAGGCGCCUUUGCGGUGCUCCUGGGCUGGACGAACCUGAUGCUUAUGAUUGGACAGCUUCCGGUUUUCGAUGUCUACGUGGCCAUGUAUACGAGGGUCCAGGGAGAAUUCGCGAAGCUAUUCAUGGCCUACUCUUGCAUGCUUAUCGGGUUCACCAUCAGUUUUUGUGUGAUCUUCCCUUCGUCGUCGUCGUUUGCCAAUCCAUUUAUGGGAUUCAUUACGGUGCUCGUGAUGAUGAUCGGUGAACAGGACUUGUCGCUAUUGAUUAACGAUCCCGAUGGCAAAGAUCCACCAUUUCUCCUGGAGGUUAGUGCACAGAUCACCUUCGUGCUGUUCCUACUCUUUGUGACCAUCAUCCUGAUGAACCUGCUGGUGGGCAUAGCAGUGCACGAUAUCCAGGGAUUAAAGAAGACGGCGGGAUUAUCGAAGCUAGUGCGUCAGACCAAGCUGAUAAGCUACAUAGAAUCGGCAUUAUUUAAUGGCUAUCUGCCCACAUGGCUGCGCAAUUUGCUCCACUACACAGCGCUGGUUUCACCCCAGGCAUACCGAGUGGUUUUAUGUGUCAAGCCGCUAAAUCCCAGCGAGAAGCGAUUGCCCAGAGACAUCCUAAUGAAGGCGUACGAAGUGGGCAAGAUGCGGAAACACUUUGGGCACACAGUGUCCUCUAAGAAUCCCGCGGAGAACUAUCUGUCGUACAAGAACAAGUACAACAAUAACAAUGGCUGCGCCACUACGGGCUACGUUCUGCCCGAUGCUGACCCAGACGCCGGCCAGUUCACAACGCUGACGACCAAAAUCGACGACAAUGCGGACCGGAUCGAGUUCCUCACCCAGGAGAUCCAGGAGCUGAAGCAGGCGCUCAUUUCGCAGCAGCAGCAGGCCAGCAAAGUGAUCGAUAAGCUGCUGAUUGUUAUAUCCAAUCAGCAAAAGCAGAAUCUGCGCAAGUAGCAGUAGCAUUUAGUGCACACUCCGUAUUGGAAUAUUUAUAAACCAGAGUUAGCUCUUUCCUAGACGUAAGGCGACGACGGGUGGGUAAGACCCCGUAAAAACCAGAACACUGUUGAUAUUAUACCGUAGCAGCGAGUUGUAGUUAAAGAAAUUUUGAUAUCGAUGCGCCUGGCGCCCUAUACAUACGCUAUAUAGCCAUAUACAACACCAUACUAUUAUCCGUAAAUAUAUUACUAUAACUAGUGAUUAGUUAAAUUAGUGGCGAGCAGUUGGCAGGAUUGAUUUGUGGCUGGUUUCAGGCUGUGUUGUUUUGGCGUUGUCGUCAGAGAAUCGUGUACAUCAUACAUAAUAAUUUAAUGCAAAUUUAUAUUCUUAAUAAAGUAUAUGCUAUAUCUAUUGUUAUGAA